UGAGUUUUAUCAUCGUUUUACAGCUUUCGUUUUGUAGUAAAGUUUUCAUGUCGAAUGCCGACGGAUGCAAUUGUGUACUUUAGUACGUUUAUUUAUACAACAGAGUUGAACAGACAUACGACAAUGUUGAUCCCAGCGUUCGUGAAAUUCACAUCCAGUUCCUUUGCUGGAGCUGCUCGUCCUGUCCGCUGCCAUCAGUUUGCACGAUGCCAGUGGACGACUGGUUCACGAACGUUUCACCAUGAUCGCCAUGUUAUGCUCAGUAAUUUCCUUCGGGCCAGGAAAAGUACUGCGAGUAUCGUUUGUGCUGCGGGAUCUGCGAUCGCCAUGGGCUUUCUGUACCGUUGGUAUUUAUCGAAUCGGACGAAUGUGACGCACGCGAGUCGUGCUGCUCCGUGGAAGGGGAGCUGCAUUCUCCGCCAGGUCCACGCCGCGGAGCCGAUUCCACGGAGUCGCGCUUUCAACUUCAUUGCCGAUGUUGUGGAGACCAUUGCGCCAGCCGUCGUCUACAUUGAAGUACAAGGCAGGCACCAAAUGUUUCCGGGAAUGCUCAACUUGAGCCAAGGAUCGGGAUUUGUUGUUCGCGAAAAUGGACUGAUAUUGACCAAUGCGCACGUUGUUGCCAAUCAAGUGCACGUGGAAGUGAAGUUUAGCGACGGUCGACGACUGCCCGGCCGUGUUCUGUACGUGGACGGCGUAUCCGAUCUGGCGGCGGUCAAAGUUGAAGCAACUGGCUUGCCAUUUCUGCGGAUGGGCUCCUCAACCAAACUGCGCGUGGGUGAAUGGGUGAUCGCCGUCGGCAGUCCGCUGAAUCUGUCCAACACGGUGACCACGGGAGUGGUCAGUGCUUUCCGCGGCAGCGCGGAAUUGGGGAUGCGGCAUCAUGUGGAGAAGAGCAUUAACUACAUUCAAACAGAUGCUGCCAUCACGUUCGGCAACUCUGGAGGACCGCUGCUUAAUUUGGUAAAGUUUUUUGCUGUACGGAUUUGUUCUUACAUAUGUCUAAACGGGUAUCCUGCUUUUCAGGAUGGUGACGUGAUAGGAAUCAACGCUAUGAAGGUUGGUGGUGCGGGAAUUUCUUUUGCCAUUCCGUCUGAUCACGCGAAGGAUUUCUUGGCCAAAAUUGAUUCAUUAGAACAAAGUAGCCGGCAGCGGAAGUUAUCCGGUCCGUCGGAUCCCGUUCGGCCGCAAAAGAAAGUGAUAGGGGUCACGUUGUUGACAUUGACACCGGAUAUUGUCAUGGCUAUUCGCCAGCGUACGGACGAUUUCCCACCGGUUAUCAGCGGCGUGCUUGUUCACCGGAUUGUGCCGGAAUCUCCGGCUGAAAGAGCUGGCUUGCGUCGGGGUGACGUGAUAACGAGUAUCAACGGGAAGACCGUUGCUUCCUCCAAAGAGGUGUUUGACAUGGUCGGCCAAGAGGAUGUGCUGGUGAUAGAAUUCCAGCGAGAUGGGCGCAGCGCGUCAGUGCGCUUGAAACCGGAAUUAGUGCAGUAG